CAUAACAUAUACAUCCGAAAAGAAAAGGUAACAAGAAUAUACAUAUUUAAAGAUUAUUCGUACAAACAACGCCGUUAGCCACUUGUAUCCAUCACCGGCGACAAUUUAACGGUCACCAACGACUGACUAACCAUCCUCCCCCUUUCUACUUUCCCAAUUUCACCAUCACUAAUAUAUCACCACCAUUAUCACUAUUACUCUGUCUCUCUCUCUCUAUAGAUAUAUAUAUAAAUACCCCAUCAAAUUUUUACACUCAUUUCCAACUGGGUCACAAAAAGAUUCAAACUUUAACCUCAAAUCCAUUAAUCCAUCCAUAAAUAUUUCUGGGUUUUAAUUAUGAAUCGAUAAAGCUUCAUAAAAAUCAAGAAUUACUUAAUAUAAUAUAAUAUAUAUAUAUAUAAUAAUAUAUAAUAAUGAGUAAUAGAAGCAGGCCAUUUGUGCAUCCAUUUGAUAUUGAAGUUAGGAGAGAAGAAGGGGAAGAUGAAAAUGGUGGUAAUGGGGUUUUGCCUGAUGAUGUAACUGUUAUAAUGAAAGAUGUUCAAGGGAUGCCUGGAACCCCAGCUGGACUUAUUUUAAGGCUUCUGCAGUUUGCAUUUGCUGCGGUUUCGGUUUCUGUUAUGGCUGCUACUAAUGACUUCCCAUCGGUCACUGCUUUUCGGUAUCUUGUUGCAGCUCUUGGCUUGCAAUGCUUGUGGAGUUUUUCGCUUGCCAUUGUUGAUAUUUAUGCUCUUUUGGUAAAGCGAUGUUUAAGAAAUGCAAGAAUUAUCAGCUUCUUCACGAUUGGAGAUGCGAUUACAUCUACUCUUACAUUUGCUGCAGCUUGUGCGUCAGCUGGUAUAACAGUUCUCAUUAGCAGUGACUUGAACAACUGUGCACAAAACCAUUGCACCAGAUUUGAAACCUCAACGGCUAUGGCUUUUGUUACCUGGUUUUCGGUUUCACCUUCAUUUUUCUUGAAUUAUUGGUCUCUGGCAUCAAGAUGAUGCUAAAGAUAUUAGCUGAUGAUCAGCUGAUAUUUUUGACAGAUGAUAGCACUAAGAAUUGUGAAAUGCUGCACGGUUUGUGAUUUUCUUGGGCUUAUGCUUUUUAGUGGAAACACUUGUGUAAAUAGAAUUUGAGAUGAGUUUUUUGAAAUAUUGAUAUCGUUUUUCUGGUGAUUUAUGAUC